AUGUCCGAGCAACCGCUGUUAAAUGUGGAACAAUCAGAAGGAUCUCGGAUCGAACUGGUCGGUUCAGCCGGACCGCGUCGAGUGAAUUUCACUUGGACUCGAACCAGUGAGACGGGAAGUUGGAUGCAAGCUGCGUUACAAUGUCAAACUCUUGGCGGUUCAUUGCCUCGUGCGAACGAGAUGCGCUAUUUCUACAAGACGUUGCGUUCAGAUGAUGCACCACUGAGAAACCAGAAACAGUCCAACAAUCUGACCGUGUUCGGUGUGAAUUUCUAUCUGGCUGAUGUACUCGAGGCCACAAUGGACUAUCCGAACACGGAGAGUGGGGAACGGAUGUGUUUGGUGGUUGAAAAACGUCCCAAUGCUCAUGUGAAUCUGGCCGAGAUCAGUGCAGUUCGCAGUUGUUUUACCCCGGUCAAUUUACUCGUUUGUCGGUUCGCAUUGGACGGGAUUGAGUUGGGAGCCGGGUCGGCGGAACAGCCGUUCGAAGUAAACGAUUAUCGCGGACCGGUUUCAUGCGAUCCGCAAUCGGGUGACUUGUCUCAAUCCGGUCCGCAACCGGCGUGGAUUAUUGAACUGAAAAAGCGCGCGGAAUUUCAGGAUCAUCAUGUCUGUUUCAAACCGACCGUGUUCUACACGGUUUCGGUUCUUUGCGGCCUGAUUGUCGUUCUGACAUUGCUUAUCAGUUCGGCACUGGUCUUCCGACACCAAAGACUCACGCGGCGACUGAAACGCGCACAGAAUCGUGACGAGUAUCUCAUCGGUGCACCCUCCGUACCUGGGUCAGAAGCGGGAACGGGACCAACCGGUCCAGGUGGUGCGUUCGAAGGUCUAGACACAGCCGGCAGUAUGGACAUCCUGGCCGAUUCUGCAUUCUAUCGCGCACCUGGAAGUGGCCCGCACGAGAGCUACAAACAAGCUAUUAUCCAGGAUGGAUAUCAGAAAUUAGCCAAUGGUGCUGGGGCAAGCGGACGCUCCGGCACUCGUUCAGUUCGCGGUGUUGUUUCACCCUGGUCCUCAGCCAGGGGAAUCGGUGGAUCGAUGAGGAAAUCCCAUGGCAGAAGUGGUACCGGUCCGAAUUAA